GUAUCUUAAUGCUAGUCAUGGCGGUGGCUGUGUGGCGUGGACUCGACGAUGACCGUGUUACAUGUUAACUUGGCCUCUCCGCAAAGUAGGGCUAUUAUAUAUAUAAUCUCACGUACAUGUAGUUUCAAUUUCAUCUCCAAGUAUUCGACACUGCUUUCAUAUAGGACAUAUCGUAAGGUUCAGUGGACUUGCUUUUCAGCGGUGUCAGUUUGAUAUCUUUUGCCAGUGUAGCCUAUCCCAAAAAAAAAAUCUGCUGAGAAAAUGGCUGACGUGGAAGGAGGGAAGGCUGACUUGAUAGUCCGUAAUGGACGAAUUCUAGAUCCCGCAGCAGGCCUCGAUUUUAUCGGGGACGUGGCCGUGCGGGGCUCCCGUGUUGUACAGACAGGACAGAAACUCGAUUUAUCCGCAAAAACUGAAUUUGAUGCGACUGGUUGCCUGGUAACCGCUGGCCUGAUAGACUGUCACAUCCACGGCUACCAGUACAGUACACCGCUGGGUAUUAACAUAGACGAGGCCUGCCUUAGUAGAGGAGUUACAACUGUUGUCGACGCAGGCAGUUCUGGAGCGAGCACAUUUCUGGGACUAAAGAAGUUCAUAGCUGAUCGUAGUCACACGCGACUGCUCGCCUUUCUCCACAUCGCCUCUCAUGGGCUGGCCGCCGCCGGGUGUUCAGGGGGAGCCAGUGGUGGAGAGUCCGAGUCGCUGCACGUGGUGGAUAUCGACGACUGUGUGAGAUGUAUCGAGGAGAAUCGCGAUGUACUGGUAGGGGUCAAGGUCAGACUCUCCAAAGAGGUCACCAACAAAGGACAACAUGAGGCGGAAGUGUUCAGACGUGCGCUAGAAGCUUCAAGUCGGGCUCAGGUUCCUCUGAUGACUCACCAUUCCUCUUCAUCCAUUCCAGUCCAAAGAUCAAAUUCUGAAGACUUGGGUUGUCCAGGAAGCUUGCGACCCGGAGACAUCUACACCCACACCUACCACGGCUUUCCCUCCUCCAUCAUCGACCCGUCCAGUCAGGCUGUCUGGUCGGACGUUUGGGAAGCCCGCCGUCGAGGGGUGUUGUUUGAUGUUGGCCACGGUCAAGGAUCCUUCAGCUGGCCAGUUGCAGAGCUAGCCGCUAAAGAAGGUUUCUGGCCUGACAUUAUCAGCACGGACCUGCACACAGGGAAUUUCAAGGGACCUGCUUACGACCUCCCGACUGUCAUGACAAAGUUCCUGGCUAUCGGCAUGCCCCUUGAAGACGUCGUACGCGCCACAACAUGCACGCCGGCCAAAGCUAUUGGAAGAGCACACGACAUCGGUUCUCUAGCCAUAGGACACGUGGCAGACAUCACAGCUUUAAAGCUUGAAGACUGUGACGUGGCUUUAGAAGACUGUCACGGGCAGCAGAGGAGGGUAAAGCGCAACCUAUAUCCGGUGUCGGUAUGGAGGGCUGGGAAACAGUUCCACACGAUCAAGUCUUUUCCCUGGCACAGUGCUCUCAAAGAAACCCCCAAUCAGUGAAAAGCAUUGAUAAAUAUUUGUCUUACAUUGGUUUAUUCCGAGACUGUAUAAC